AUGGCUGAGAAAAAAGUCAAGAAAACCUGGUUUUCUACGGGUGAGGAAGAGGUUCCAUGGGAGCAGUGGGUAAUCAAUGCUGAACUUCGACAACCAAAAAAUGACCGUGAUCGCGAGACCUUUCAUGCAAACCUGGCUUCAGCGCUAACGAAAGCGAUCAAUACCAUCCUCACAUAUACUGCAUCCGACAAAGGUCGCGCAGCAGUCCCUCCUAUCACUGACGCUUCCUCGAUAUCACCUUUUCCUUUCAAAGUGACCGCCAAAGUCGGAAACUUGGAAAUCGGCUGA